AUGGAGGGUCUGCAGUCUCGUGCGGUGCCUGUGGCGGCGCCGGCGGGAUUCAGGAGGCCGGACGCCACGCGAACAGCUCCCCUGUCUUUGUCUCUCGGCUCCUACACGCGAGUGACGCCUGAUCCUUCGUUCCGGUCUGCUUGUACAGAUUGUCAUGGGUGUCACUCGCGGCUCCUGGCUGCGGCCUCUCGCGGAAGGCCCUCGAAUGUGUCUCGGGGGCUCGCUCUUCCCCGGCGUAGUGUCGCGAGGCUCCCUCCUAAGGAAGCCGGAGACGAGACCGCAAAUUCUGACAGUCCGACGUCAGCAGCAGCUGUUCGCGCCUCGCCUGGUGGUUUUUGCGUUUCUCGGCGUGCCCCCUUCGUUCAUAAGCGAACGCGUUUUGGGCUACCGGGUGAACCACGGAUCCAGUUACAGGUUGAAGGCAUUCGCGCGUCAUCACAUGUGCUCGAGCCGACGCCGAGCGCCCCGUCCUUCUUCAGCAUGUCUCACGCCUGCACUCGUCACGCCUUUCUUGUCUGCUCACCUCCUCUCGCGUUGUCAAAUUCCCGCAAAAGAUGUUCCCUCGCCGCACUGCUCUUGGCUCUCCUGUGUUUGCGUCUCCUCAGUUGUGUCCGGCUCACGCCCUCGCUCUCGGGGCACCCCAGAGGGUCUUCGAUCCCUCGCACCUCUUUCUCUGCUGCUGGGCGCGCUGCUUGCUCGACGGGCAGCUUGUCUCUCGCAUCUCCGCAUGCGCCUGCCUGUGCCGCGUCGAGCGGCCUCCUGCUGCUCGCGUCUGCGCAGGAUGUUCCCGACUACGGCGACGAAGGCGAGUGGGUCGACGACGAGUCGUUCGAAGAAGAGGACGCCGAGGAGUUCAGCGACGAGGAUCCCGACGACGAUGACCUCAAUGCAGCCACGCAUCGCGUCUAUCACCUCGAGGACCGGUACUACCGCGCGAUUCCGCUCGCCGAUGCACGCCAGCUGCUGGCGGGGCUGCGCGCGCACUCCUGGGAGCCGCCGCUGUCCGCUGCAGACUGGGCGGAGAUUGAGGACGAGAUCGGCACGCAACUCGAGCUCAUCGACCGCCGCAUGUUUCCGCAGACGUUCUUCGAGAGCGUCACCGAGAGCGAGGCCUUCGAACCGGGCGCGCUGCUCACGAAUCUGGGCGGCAACGAAAUGACGGAAGAGGCCGCUCGCGCCCUCGAAAUUGAAAAGACAGCAGAGGUGCUUCGAGCAGUUAUCGGGCGUCGUCUGAGCAAAGGUCCUGCUGCGGUCGGUUCCUCCAGCUCGAAAUCUGAGUCGUCUGCUGCGCCUGCCGACGCGUCUUCCCCGAAAGCCUCGCGGAGCGAAGAGACAGAGAAAGCAAAGCAGUCAUCCCAGACUCCUGCCUCCGCCCCCGCGCUGUCUUCAGCUGCUUCCCUCCCCAAGAAGCGUCCUUCUCCAUCUGGUGGACGGGCUUCCUCAGGUGCGGCGCCGAACGCCGCGCCCGAAGGCGCCGCACGUCGCGCGGCUUCACCAGAGAAAAUCCCUCGAACUGAAGUCGCAGCCAAAACUCCUUCGGGCGCACGGGCAGCCGCCGCCCCGGGGCAGCCUGCGAAGGCGUCGAAUGCGGCGGCAGCGGCACCAGAAGGGGCGCUAGGGGGCAGCGGCAAUCGCACAGACGCAGCACGCGCCUCACAGGCCUCGCCCGGCGCUGCGUCUUCGUCGGGGGGCGGAGGGGAGGCUUCUAGCCAGACUUCGGCGCAGACCGGCGCAGCUAGCGGGGCGUCCUCGCCUGCGGCAGCGAGCGCGGAGAAGCAGGGGGAGGCUGCGCCGAAGGGGGUGUCGCAGAAGGGCGUCGAGCUGGGCGCGGACGCGGCGCUCAAUCUCGGCGGCAUCUCCUUCAGGCCCUCAGACUACAUUGACUUGAUCUUACGCGCUGCGAAGCCUGCGAAAUUCAGAGACGAUAGUCUCUCGCGCUCUCGGGGGAGGGGAAAACGCACGCGGGUCGCGGGGGGCACGGCGUCAGCCAAGCCCGAGGCGCCCCUGGGGUCUGCCGAGACACGCGGAACUGGAAAGGGCUCGUCUCCGGCGUCUGCGGGAGACUCCCAGCCGCGCAUGGUUCGCGACUUCGGCGAGCUUUACCUGCUGCUCCGCGGCCUGAUGACCUACUCCCGCGACGACCUGCAGCCGGUGGAUCUGUUGCCGCCUCCCGCCGCCGAUCUCUUCUCUCCGCACCCACGCGAGACUGGGAGCGCAGCGAGCAGUUCGGCGAGCGGCACUCCGCAUUCGGGAGGAGACGGGCCAGAGGGCGCGCAGGAACAGGAGAGAGAGAUCUCGCCGAACGCCCUUCUGCUGGCGCUCCGACAGCAGCUGGACGGGCUCUCGCUCGAGGCGGUGCGCAAGCUGAGGGCUGAGGCCAAAGGCGCCUGCGCGUUUUUGUCGUUUUUCGGAAUUCCAGAUGCAGAAGGAAAGCUGCAGUUGCCUGGAGGAUGGCCGCGAGACAUCGCUCUGGCGAUGCGCUGCGUCGUCGAGGGAAACCGCAGCCGGCAGCUCUGCGGCACCUGCUUCCUCAUCGACGGCCUCGCCACAGCUCUGGGCUUUCCGCCGCUGCUCACGGGCUCGGACGCGUGGGCCGUCGCACAGGAGCCGUCGGUGAAGAGUCUCUUCGUGCUGCAUCGCCUGCCGGAGACUUACGCGCCUCCAGACCUCCGCGCGGAGUCGCCGACGCAUUCGCCGAACUGGAACGCGCGCCCGCCGCCCCGUGCUGGCGAGACUCCCAGCGACGCGACAGCUGCGCAGCUGCGACUCGCCGGGCUCCGCGCGCUGCGAAGCAACUUCGAUGCGCCGCUGAUUAAGUACGAGAUGGCAGGCCAGAUGGGCGACACGCUUGGAAAGCUCGCCGCGGCGUACUACUUGCGAACGGGUCUGGGGGUACCUGACUACAGGUACACGCAGAAACAGGGAAUCGAUCAGCCGCAGGUGCCUGAGGAACUGUUUGCCUUUGCGCGAGGAGGCCGGGUUCGGAUGGCCCAGGUCUCCAUCGAGCGACUGCCGACGAGUGCGUCCGGAGGAUGCUUCGCCGCUUUGAAGCACGUGCUCAGCGUCGGGAGCGAAGCGACUGAGCAGCUUUCGUUCUCAGUCACCCCGCGCUAUUUGGUGCGGGGUGGUCUAGUCCCCUCGGCCUACCAGUACGUCCCGAAGAGCUCCGAGUCUCUGCCGCUGUCGAAAAUCGACAUCGCGAGCGCCGACGAGGACGCCGGCGCAGCUGCGGAGACGACAACCGCGAGCGAAGAAUACGCACACCUCGUUCAGAGUCUGGCUGAAGACGGCAGCCCCGCCGGCCUUGCUGCGCUUGGCGAUCUCUUCUUCCACGGACACGAGGCGGGAGGCAUCCGCAGAGACGUCGACCGCGCAGCAGAGCUCUGGCGAUCGGCCGCGGCGAUGGGCGACGCGAACGCCGCGAUGGCGUUGGCGUUCCUCCUCUUAGGCGACGUAAACGAGACAGCGCGCAAGGCGCGGGAGGAGGCCGAGAAGGAAAAGCGAAAUCAGCAAGUCUCUGCGUCUGGAUCGGCCAGUCCCUCGCCCGCUGCCGCCGUUGCCGACAACGGCGCUCCCACAGAGCACGCAGAUGCUCCCCCGAGCGCCACUUCGUCGCAGGCGACCAGGGCUGACGGUGAGGCGGGUCGAGGGGGGCUUUUUUCGGUUUUUUCGUGGUCUUUUUGGGGGUAUGGAGGACUGGAGGAGGGCGCAGGGCCGCUCUUGGGCUCGCCCGACGCGGCCGGAAACGCACAGGGCGAGUUCGGCGGCGCUCCAGGGGACAGUCUCCAGGGGACCGGCGGCAGCGCGUUUGGAGACUUUUUCCGCCGAUUCGGCUUCUGGGCGAGCGAGGAGGAACCCAGGCAAGCGAGGACGCACAGCGCCAAGGCGCCGAAGGAAGAAGUUGCGGAAAGCGCGAGUGCGGAGAAGACGCCCAGCGGAAGGCCGAGGCAUCCCGCUGAGCCCUAUCUGAAGCAGGUGAUCACGGACGGAGACGGCGCAGCUCCCCAUCUGGCGCGAUAUCUCGCUUACCGGCUCGGCGUCGAGGGAUUCACAAACAGCACCUUAGCGGGGCAGAGUCUGCAGCAGGCCGCGGAUCUCGGCGACAGCAACGCACAGAUGCUGUUGGCUAACGCGCACAUGAGCGGUGUCAGGCCGUCGUCGAUCUCCGCGCAUCCGUCCUCUUUUUUUCCGAACGGCACAGACGUGUCUGUCGCGCUCACCUACUACACGAAGGCCGCGGAGCAGGGCCGUCUCGAGGCGAUUUUCAACGUCGGGAUCCUGACCAUUCACGGCGCAGGAGAGCGAUUGCCUGUCUCCGCCUCGGCCGCCGCCGCGGGGUUCUCGGAGACACACAGCGCCGCUUCGCCGUCCUCCAGCACGUCCGUGAAUCCGCCUGAUUCGGCCUCUGCUUCGAGUUCAAACACGUCGACUGCGGCGGCUCCCGCGCUCUCGUCGGUCGGGGCGGCUCCGCGAUCGUUGCGGCAGCGGUGCGUCGACGCUUUUGGCCUGCUACAGAAGGUGGCGUUCAGUCACCCAGCGGUGGGAGCGCUGCACGCACUCGCCUCACACGCGUUCGCGAAGGGCGACGAGACGGGCGCGCUGCUAGCCAGCGUCCUGCUCUCUGAGAUCGGGCACUUGGCGGGACAUGUCAACGCGGCGGGCCUCUGGCCUCGGGUGACGCGGCGCCGCGCCGAGCUCGUCGCGAGGCUCCAGGCCGCGCUGGGACUUCGGCAGGGCGAGGGCGGAGCGGAGGGCGGGGGCAAGGGUCCGGGGGGAGAGAGCUCUGGUGGUGGAAGCGCGGAGAAAGCCAGCCAGGCGUGCACACGCGUGGCUUCGGAGGCGGUGCCGGCGCGCGGUUUUCUUCUUCCGCAGCACGUGUAUCACGAUGCGCCGGAAGAAAGCGUCUUCCACACGCUACGGGACGGGGUGGCUGUCGCCUCGCCCGCCUCUGCGUUCUUUCCGGCGGAGGCCGUUCCACACCAGGCUGAACGCGGACGCCCCGCCGCCGAAGCAAAGAAUGCCGCACCCUCCAACGCGGCGGCCAACUCGUGCGAUCUGACGAUCCCCGAAAACGCACUGGAGGUGCAUCUGCACCAUCUGCGCGUCUCCGAGUUCCUCCGCUGCUGGGCUCAGCCCCCUGGGGCCCAUUGGCUCUCUGGCCUUGUGGAGCGCUUUCCCUUUCUUCGCCGGUCUCUGACCCCCCGCGACGCACUCGCAGAAGAAGAGAUUGCGGGCGAUGCCUCUCUCUUCGACCAAGAGAAAGAAGGCAGCGUCUGCGCGUUCUACUUCCUGCGAAGGGCGGCCGUCGCGGGCGACACGACAAGCAUGCUGGAGGUCUCCCGAGCGUAUCUGGACGACGCGACUGCGCUCGAAAGCGCGCUGGAGCAAGUUCGCUUCGCGUUCUCAACCACCCCCGCGGCGUCCGUGCUUCGCGCCCUGCCCGUCGAGGCGCGGAUUCAGGUCUUAGGCAAGCAGGCCAGCGGCAGCGAGCCGUCGGCGCCUGCUGCGGCGCCCUUCUCGGGCUCCAUGGAGGGCGGUGCCGGAGUCGCGACGCCGAACAAAGAGGGCCUGGGGUGGUUCCUUAUGCCGCUUUGGGUGACGAAGCUCUUCACGGACGCGGCGGAGGCCGAUCGACGCGCGGCAUUCCUCUGGCGCAGCGCAGCCAGCAAGCAGAAAGACGGGCGCGGGCUCUUGGAGCUGGGCGAGGCGCUUGAAUACGGCGAGGGCGUCAGGCGGAAUCGGUGCGAGGCUUACAAGAUCUACUGGCGUCUGGCGACCGACCCGCAGCACGCGCCAGCCAGCAGGGCGAUCGGAUGGCUGCUUCUCGCGCGAGCGACCGGGACGUGGCUUUGCCGGCGAAUUGGCGGCCUGGGUGUCCCCUUUCUCUCGGGCGCCUCGUCGCCGGUCGACCGCGGGGCCGACGCUUCGGGCUCGGGUGGCGUAUCGUCUCCUUCCUACGGGGUGCCAGGGACUGAAGAACUCACGGCGCAGCGACAGGAGGCGGGCGGCGAUCGCGAGGAAGGCGCGCCCGCGGCAGACGACGACGACCCUUCGCCGAUCGCGUGCAUUCGCGAGUUGAGAUCUUCGGAGCAGGCAGCGUCUGGCAGACAGGCGUACAUCUGGAACCGACUUCUUCUCGUGUUUUUCCUUCUGCUUCUCGCGUCGCUUCUGGGCGUCCUGACGGCGGUGCAUGCGCGGCGACUGACGUCCGGGGCAGCGCCGACUUCCGCCGCCGAUCGAGGAGACGAGGCAAGCGUCCCUUUUUUUGACCUGGCGGCUUCCCUGGGGGGCGAUCCGACCGUGUCCACGAGCCCGGUGAGUGGCGCCACGGAGAGCUUCACAGGUCCGGGUUUGUCUGAGUCAGAAAGCGGGAGUGAAGACGCCUCGACUUUGCAUCGCCGUUCGCCGCAGGCAGGCUCACUCGAGGAUGAAGGCGGCAGCUCGGACGGAAGCCCACAGAGCCACUGGACGUCGACGCGGACUGCGGAACUCGCUCACGAGGGCGAAUCGCGGAGUGCCUCCGUUGAAGAAAGCCAAGUCAAAGAUUCGGAAGGUGCAGGCGAAGUCGCGACCCGUGAAAAACCGGCAGGCGACGGCGACCGCGGAGCGGCUGAGCUCCGCCGAAGAGUCGUCAGGAGGGAAGGAGUGACCGGUAGCCAGUAG